AUGGCCAUUAACCAUAGCAAACUCCAAUUUUCGGAGUUAGAUGAGCUAAGACACGAAACUUAUGAGAACUCUCGCAUCUAUAAAGAGAGGACUAAGGCCUUUCAUGAUAAACACAUUGUUAGGAAGUCAUUCUCUCUUAAUCAAAAAGUGUGGCUUUUUAACUCCAAGCUUCGUCUCUUUCCGGGCAAGCUUCGGUCACAAUGGGAUGACCUUUUUAUUGUUCUUAAUGUUUUCCCUCAUGGAGCUGUUGAAAUCCAAAACCCAAAAGCGGGGCAAGUUUUUAAGCUGAAUGGCCAAAGACUUAAACCUUAUGCCGAUGGCAUCAAUGAUGGAGAGGUGAUUGAGGAGUGUCCUUUGUUAGAACCAAAUUAG